UAUUGCGUUCGUUCUUUCAUCGGACGUCGAAAUCGCUAUGCAUAGCAGUCACUAUGUGCUCGUAUUAUCAGGCAAGACGCUAAGUAUAUAAGGGACGCCGACUCCCUGCUCGUCUUCGCCUCCCUCACGACGAACUCACUUAUAGAUGCACCCAACUUUAUAUGCACAUGUCUACAUAUCUCAUUCCUCUUCAUUGGCCGUCGUCCGCAAUGCCCGCGAUGGAGAAUAGAAUGAGGUUCCAGAUAGGGUGCAGCCUCUACCUUAUUCUAUUCUCUUGACACAGAGAAAUCGUCACUGAUUAUCAGCCCUCACUCAUCAAAGACCUACGGGAGUCGCGUCUAUCGACCCAAGUGUGAGUUCCCUCUUACUAGCAACAAAUCGGAACUCAUGACAGAUACUUUCCUCUGAAGGGGGAGCCGGGCGUAAUUCUGAAUAUGAUUUCAGGAAAAGCUUCAACUUCGCGUGGCUGGCUGCCGUGUUACUCUCAUCGGGUCCUUGCAUGAUUGUUUAGGGUCAGCUUUGGUCCCAAGACACAAUCUUGUCGCCAAAUCAGUGCGACCACAAACCUGGUUCAUGACCGCCCGACUUGUCUGGCUCUCACAAUUUUGCUACACACAAAAGGUACGAUUUGGCAUGAGAUUCCUGUGCUUCUGUCGCCAUGCUUCUUAGGCAUCACCCAACGCCCCUUUGUACUCAUGGAGGAUGUGAAAUCGGCUUUCGUCCACGCGCAUCAUCAAUUGUUGCACUGGAUCCCAAACAGUCAAGACGAUUCUUCUGAUGCUAGAGAGCCAAGACUGCUUCUGGGAGAUUCAAAUUUCAUUUACACAAGGCAAAUACCCGUUCUGGGCCCAAGGGACCAUAGCACGGAAUUUAUCUCAAGCUCUUCCGGGACACGAGACCCCAAUUUUCAUAUUGACUCCCUUCCCGUCAGGGUGAGAAAUCCAUGUUUGGCAGAUUGAUGUUAUAUAGAGUUCGCUCUGACUGGCUCGUUAAGGCUCGGAAGACGGAGCUGCUUCGGCCAGUUUGAUAUGUUUGUGCCUCUGUCCGCUUCGGGCUCGUAUAGACUAUCAGACAGCGACCGUUUGUGUCGUACACUGGAAAGGGUCAAGCUUCACAGUCAGAACUUUUGCUGGUGGGAAACAAGCUGGAGUUCUCUCGUCAGACACUUUGACUUCAUGGCCGUUGAUGGGUAUGAGGUGACUCUGGCUUACGAUAGUCCAAACUCCCUCAAUAUCGAAGCUAUAAAAGAGGAAGGCAUCUCUUCACUUUGAUCCAGAGAUCUAUUAUCACACGGCAUACCUACAAAACAGCAUCCAAUCCACAAGGUUGAAGAAAUCAAAAUGAGCUUCAAGUCAGCCAUCGUCGUCCUCGCUACUCUCGCCUUCCGGACCAUUGCGGUCCCGGUCGAGCCCGCCCAGCCCCCGAACCCGGAAGACUGGACCCUCCUGAACUUCCGACGCACUUGCGCAGCGGACCAGAGCCGGUGCAGCUACGACUUCCUCAUCUCCGAAGACGCGGCCAAGGUGCCCAAGUACUGCAACUUUGACAUUGACGCCGCCGGCGGACUCCGCGCGUACCAGACCGACUUCUCGUCCCUCAAGUGCCCGAGCGCACCCGAGUAUUCCAUCAAUGGCGGCUGGGACGAGCAAGGCUUCAUCACGCUGACGGUCAUCGACGAUCCGAGGAGGCUCCUGUCUUUCUUCGCUUUCAGAGAUGAAGAGCUGUGGGCUGGUGAGGCGGCGACGCCGCAGCAGUCUAAGGUCUUCGAUUAUCCGUUCUCCACCAAGCGAGAGGUCAUGGCCAGCCAGGAAGAGAGUGAGAUGGCAUACGCUCCCAGCUGGAAGAUUAAGGACUUCAUCAGAUAUGAAUUCAACCGAGGAAUCCCUUACAGCGAUGCACUUAUCAUGAGAUUCGGCAUUCAGAGUGGUCCUUUGACCGAACAGUGCCUCCUGAUCAUUGCCCUUUUUGAAGGAACUGUGCCCCUGGGUAAGAGCUUCGCUGACGCAGCCUGUGGCUACGGUGGGUGGACGGUUUCUUGGGGUCACAACGAGACUACGGAUGAGGCGGUCAUGACCUUGAUGAAUGUACACCAUGACAGGAGAGCAUUCUAUGGAUUCAACGAUGUUAGCAAAAACAUCAUUCUGGGUGACAAUGGACCUAGACCUGCCUCUCCGUAUUAAGAGACGGAGCCAAGUGCCUUGUAAUUAUGUCUGUAUCCUAUGCUAAGAGCAGUCCGAGGUGCUCUUAGACUUAGGCAACAUGUCUGAAGCAUUUGAUGAGUCUUUGACCAGAGCAUAGGCUGGAGUACAGUCAACGACUGUGGUACUGAAGAACAUAAUGGGUGGAAUAUGUAAAGAUGUAUGUUAUGGGAAUCGAGCAAGUAUCAGGAUCAGGGUCGGGGGAAAGGAGACGCUAAUACUACCAUGUUUCCUUGAGACCUUUGAAUGGACAAGCUCAUACUUGUGAUCAUGAAGUCAUAUCAGCGUCUAGUUGUGUUGCAUCCGCAGCUCACCGGGCAACCUCCGAAGGUGCGAGUGCGCUCCAACACUGCUUUUCUCAAAGAGCGACGAAAAGUUAGUAAAGAG